AUGAUGAGAAGAAGCACUCGACUACAGUCACUGGGUUACUACAACUCAGACGGACUGCCGAUCGUCUCCUACAGAGAGACUUCAUCCAAAAUCUUCAGAAAGCGAAGGAAGCCUAGAUUUGCCAACCCGAAAGCAGAAAUCGUUCCUCACAGAGACAUGAACUUGAGCUUAGACACGGACUCGGACUCAGGAACCAUCGUUUACUCUGAGUUUGACUUGGAGACGAACGCAGACACCAUCCCGUACACAGACUUUGACAUAGAGAUAGACAACAUCGCACACACAGACUUAGGCACGGACUCAGACGCAGAAACCGUCACAUACACGGUGUUAGACAUGGACUCAGACACAGAAACCAUCACAAACAUAGACUCGGACAGAGAUUCAGACACAGAACCCAUCCGUCACCCAGACUUGAACAUGAAUACUGAAGCAAGGAUGAUAGCAGAAGAAGAAUUUCACUUUGAAAACAGAAGGAGGACCGUCGGAAGUAAGCUGUUCCCCAAAAAGAAAUACGGGAACAUUAGCUUGUUCUUUGUCACAUGCCUCGUGGUUUUUGUUCUGGCUUACCCGAUUUAUGCCAUGACCUUCCCACUUGAAGAGUCUCCUGCAUCCCUUUUUGCAGAGGACAUGGCUUCCAAUGCAUACUGCAAAGGGAAGAUAAUGGAUCCAAUAGAGCUGAUGAAGACUCUGACAACAAAUGACUACUGUCACCCACCAUAAAUUAGCAGUAGUAUCACAGGACAGGACAUUGCAUUCAGCGAUUAUCACUGAAAUCGCACCUCAAUUUUCUCUGUAGUUUAUAAUUUCUCACUAACUGUGUGUCUGUGUUUUAAGGUGCAAAUCAGAUCCGCACACAGGACAGAGCGAUGGAUAGGUAAGUAUGGAGGUAAGAACGCCUACAUGUGUACUAUCAAGCUGAAAACUAACCUAUACCUACCUAUCUAUAUAGAUCUACCUAUCUAUAGAUCUACCUAUCUAUAUAGAUCUACCUAUCUAUAGAUCUACCUAUCUAUAUAGAUCUACCUAUCUAUAGAUCUACCUACC